AUGGACACUCCGGCAGCCGCCGCCGCCGCACAGGCAAAUAAGCCCUACCAUCUGCGCGCGCGCCCUGCUCGGUCCAGCAGCCGGCUUCUGCAGCUCCAACAAGCUGAUGGAGGCGGCAGCAGCGCUGCGCGGUCCAGCCGCCGGCUUCUGCAGCUCCAUGGCGAUGGAGGCGAGGAGCGCCCGUACGACCGCAAGCAGCAGUCCCUGAAAGUGCUCUGCACCAAAUUCGUGGCGCUGUACGACGACAAGGGCGUGGAGGCGGUGGGGCUGGACAACACCGCCCGGCGCCUCAGCGUCGGGAGGCGCCGGAUCUACGACAUCGUCAACGUGCUAGAGAGCGUCGGGAUGCUUGUCAGGAGGGCUAAGAACGAGUACACAUGGAUUGGCUUCCAGGGCAUCCCUGCAGCACUAAACGAAAUCAAGUUUGGUCAGGAGAAGGCAUUGGGGGAGAUGAAGCCGCCGCCGCAGGAACCAUCUGCUACUAAUGUAUCAGAUAAUGAUGAAGAAGAUAAAUCAGAUGAUUCUGAUUGGGAUGCUGACAGGGAGAAGCCAGACAGAUGCUGUUGCCAUCGUAGAUCCGAUCAUAAGAAGGCGAAGUCCCUUGGGCGGCUCACUCAGAAUUUUGUCAAGCUCUUCCUCACAAUGGAGAUUGAGACCAUUUCACUUGAUGAGGUCGCAAGCCUGCUCCUUGGAGAGGGACAAGCCGAGGGCAAUAUGAGAGCUAAAGUUCGACGACUGUAUGACAUCGCCAAUGUGCUAUCUUCUUUGGAACUUAUUGAGAAGAAAUCACAAGAGGACACAAGAAAACCUACAAUCCGUUGGCUCGGACCAUCCAAGCAAAAGGAAAGGAAUGAUGUCACGGUUGACUUACUACCAACCAGGAAGACAUUAUCUAGAAAUAGGGCAUUAAAAAGUACCGAUAUCCCCAGAAUUGGGUUGAGAACUUAUGGGAAUCCCCAGGAGCAAGCGAAAAGUAGUGGCUUUCUUUUCAGAGCCUCGCACCCUACUGGUUCUAAGAAGCAGGAACUUGGUAAUCACAUAACGGAGAAGGAGAGGAAGAGCAUUGAAGAUUGGGAAAGCCUUGCCACUACUCACCGUCCACGGUACGAAAAUAAAGCUGUGAAUGAUCUUUUCCGUAAUUAUGUGGACGUAUGGAAGUCAUGGCACUCGGAUUUUAUGCGGGGUACUCCAUCAGAUCCAUGAAACCAGUUCACGCAGCUCUGUGUAAACCAAUUCUUGUAGGCCGAUGAAUUCAUGCGUGGAUGAAAUUAAGAAUUCGAUUUGUACAAGAUGUCACAAAAACAGAAAGGCUGAUUUGGCAUU